UAUCAGACAUCUCUAUAUAGUUUGUGAUUGAUUGUCAGUGAACUAAUUCAGUGUCUCGUCUCAGUGACUCCGAAUGGAUAUUGAAUUAACUGAACGAAAAAAAAAACGACUCCUGUUAUCGAUCAGAAUGAUCAGACAGUUCAUACUUAAGCGCUUUGUCGCUUGUUGUUUACUUGUGUCAUUAACUUAUUUACGAUAGAGUAUUCAGUACAAAAUAUUUUGUUUUCUUAUUGUGGUUGUGUGAUUAGUAUUCAUUGUGUCUAAUAAAUGAAAUGUGUUGUUUUGUUUAGUUUGCUAAAAGUACAUUUACCUGUGCGUUUACAGUCUUCAAUACUCUCGUUGUAUUAUGCAUAUACAAAAUGAAAAUUGCAAUAAAUUUGUGUUUUAAAACGAUGAAUUAUAAUUGACAUUAAUUAUUACAUAUUUGUGUAAUUUAAUUCUUUUUUGAUCACAGAAUCUACGGUCGUAUUAUUCGUAAUUAAUAAAGCAUAAUUGAAAUAUUUUUUUUUCGCUGAACAUUGUUAUGGAAUGCGAUUCUGAUAUAAUGGCUUCUUUCUCGAGGUCUACAAAAUCUGAGAGCAAGACUAGACAACCAAGAAUUAUUGAACAAUUUGUACAAGAUGUAGAUGAUUUUAGUUCACAGUAUGGAAGUGAAAUUAGUGUUUCAUACACUGCCUUUAACCUUCGUGGUCCACCUUCGAACUUUCCAGAUUAUGGAGACUAUCCUCAAUCUUUUGUGAUGAGGACCUAUGGCACUUGGUGGGAUGAGGCACCAUCAGGAUUAAAAAACUAUAUGCCACAAAACGAGAAUGUAUACACCAGUCAAGAUUUUGUAGAAGUGUCAUUCCAUGAUGCUGUUUACCCAUUAGAAGUGUCUGUAUUUGAAACAUACAAUCCUGGAGCACUUGUCCGUAUAUGGGCUUUUGGGAUACAAACAUCAAAAUGGUAUUUACUGUGGGAAGGAGAACCACUGUAUGCGGGCGACUCACCUAGGGUAUUUAGCCCAACAAUAAAAUUAAUAAAUGAUUCCACAAAAACUUUGAAGCUGGAAUUCAACCAUAAAUUGCUGCCAUAUUACACAGAGCUAGAUGCAAUUCUGCUGAAAGGACUCAAAUGCAAAUCAAAAAUUACACGGAGGUUAAUGUCUCAGGAUGGCUCUAAAUCGUUUGAAAAAGGUCAAAUCCUUAAUAAGGUAGUUUCAUCAAAUCUUCAUGAAAAUAUUGUACCUCCAAAGGUGGUUGAGCCUGAAAAUACUGAUAAUGAGACAGUAUUAGGUGAUUUUCAAAGAUUACCAAACGAAACAAUACUGUACAUGAUGAAAUAUUUGGACAUACAAUCUUUAUUCCGCUGCGCGCAAGUCAAUACUCAUUUCAACCGACUCGCAUCUGAUGUAAUACUGUAUAGACAAAUUGAUCUCAGACCAUAUUGGUAUUGUGUGCAUUCCGAUGUUUUAGCAACUUUAUCUAAACGUUGCAAAUUUCUUCAAAAAUUCGAUUUGUCUUGGUGUGGCAGUCGUCAUAAGAUAUCUCCCACUUCUGUUACUGAUUUCCUUAAUGACAGUAAGGCUGAUUUAACACAUCUUAGAAUGAAUUGUUGUAAGUUUGUCGACGACACCGUGCUCAAAGCCAUUGUUAACACUUCCACUAAUUUACAAGAGUUAUGUCUGCGUUCCGUCGUCGGGUGUACCGAAUGGGAAGUGUUGGCGAAACUGACGAAACUGCGUAGGGUCGAUUUGUACAGAUCAGACAUAAAUACAAAGGCGAUGCUCGCCAUUAUCUCAGCUAACCCGGGCUUAGAGCAUCUAAAUGUCGGGGCCUGUAAAAUGAUAUCAUCAAUGGACGACGUAGCUAAAGCACUGGGUAAUAAAUGUCCGAACCUUAUAUCCGUUGAUUUCUGGCGUUCAUUCUCACUGACGACCACGGGCGCCAAAGCGAUCGGCAAGUGUAAAAAUUUGCAAGAAUUAGAUGUUGGCUGGUGUUUGCAAGUGGGUGCGACGGGCGAUUGGCUGCUUUGGCUCACUGGUACUGAAUUGAGAAAGUUGUUCCUGGGAGCUUUGCGGGGGAUCUGCGAUCGGCAUAUUAGGGAUAUUCUCCCGUCGCUGUCCCGGUUGCAACAACUCGACUUACUUGGCGUGAGGGCUUUGACAUCAGACAUUUGUGAUGCUAUUUUGGACGAAUGUCCUGAUUUACGACUUUUGGACGUGAGCUUCUGUGAUCAAAUACCCGAAGCACAGGUUAUAGAGUGGCGCGAGCAGUACCCUCGUGUUGUAAUAAAGCGUUCGUUCCAAACGGGGAACGAGAACACUCCACUCAGCGAAUUGUUCCUCGCCCCAAUUCUGGAGUAAUCUAAGAUCUAAGACUAAAAUUUAGUAAACUUGAGUAUAAGUCAAGUAAUAAGUAAUUGAUAUUGCAUUAAUAUAUUCAUAAGCUAUUUACUAAGAUUUUGAUACUAAUUAUAUUUCACCUGAGUCCCAGGAACUAAAGUUUAAUAAUAUCUAAAAGUAAACUCUUAUUUCAACGGCAUUAUAUUUAAUUUCGUUUAACAGAAUAAGAAUUUAAGGGACUGACCUUACCAAAUGUUACUUUCUGUACUAAUGAGAUAAAACUUUAUUAUUAACUGUGCUCGCGGUUUUCUGCGUGCACUUCGUUUGUUUUUUUUAUGUUAUGGUUUCGCACAAAGUGCAUUCGCCAAAGAGAAGUUUGGUAAACGGAAAGGUGGAGUUUAGAACUAUAAUUAUCAAUAAAGAAAGUUGCUAAUUUUAUAUUUUUAAUAAUGGAAUAAUUCAUAAUGAAUAAAAAAUCAUUUUAUGAACCGAAUUGUUAAUAUAAAUGUGCAAUAUAACGCAUCGACGUUCAAAAGUCAUUACUGAAAGUAUCAAGACUGAAUAAAUUUAAUUUAAUAUUAUAGUGGUAUAAUGUUUAAAGUGAUAAAAAAAAUUGUGAUUGAUUGCAGCUAAUUUCUAGAUUUAAAUAAAAAUGUCUUGACUAAUCAAUUCCUUAAAGGAUGUUGCCAACAUUAUUAAUUUCAUAUUAGUGUUAACGCAGGACUGAUAUAAAAGUACUUCUAAAGCGAUCUCGAGUUACACACUGAG